CCUCGUCGUUUGUCGUACCGAAUGAGCAUUUCCAUGGGGGGAAAAAGCUUGGACCACACAAGCGCGUCUUCCUCUCUCUCGCGCGCGACCCACGUCAUAAUCCUCCAAUCUUCAAUUCUUCCGGGAAUGCCUCAUCGAUUUCAAUGGCGAGCCUUCUGCGACGGCCUCCGUCGAUACGCCCGUCAUAUUGGUCCGCUAUUCUGAGAUCACCAAGAUCUCCAUGUCGGCACUCCAGCUCCGCCGCCGAUGCGUCAGAAACACCACCGCCGGUGACCAUCUCCUCCUCCGCCGCCGCCGAUGCAUCAACGACAUCACCGCCGUCCGCCAGACCCGACUCUUCAAAAUUCCACGUCGAACUCGACCCCCGCACAACAGCCCCUCCUGAUUUCACGCUGAGGUCCUCGACCCUCAACACCUACAAGGUCGCGCUGGCGCCGACGGCGGAGAACCUCAAAUCGGCGUCGCGGUACUUCACGCAGCGGGCGCCGACGCUGCUCUACCGCGCGCAGAACUACCGAGACGUGCCGAGCGAGAGCCCGUUCCCGGAGGUGGCGUUCCUGGGGCGGUCCAACGUCGGCAAGAGCUCCCUCUUCAACACCUUGCUCUGCACCUCGCCGACCGCCGCCCACCGGGCGCAGCACGCCAAGGUGUCGAAGAAGGCCGGCAAGACCAAGAUGCUGAUCGGCUACGGCAUCGGCGGGCAGGGCCAGGUCGGCGCGGACCCCAGCGCGCGGCCGGAGAGCGGGACGCAGCGGAACGAGCGGGCCUGGACGCGGAUGGGCCGCGGCGGGCUGGUGAUGGUGGACAUGCCCGGGUACGGGAUGGCGAGCCGGGCGGAGUGGGGCCGCACGGCGAUGGAGUUCCUCCGGGGCAGGAAGCAGCUGCGGAGGAUCUUCGUGCUCGUGGACUGCAGCCAUCGGAUCAAGCAGAAGGACGUGGCGAUCCUGCGGCUGCUGACGGAGGAGAACCUGCCCGUGACCCUGGUGUUGAGCAAGGUGGACAAGAUCCUCUCGCCGGGGAAGAAGGCCGUCGGGGAGGAGUCGGUGGGGAGGAGGCUGCAGAAGCUGCAGGAGGUGAAGGGGUUGAUGGUGCAGAUGUUGGCGGACGAGGGGAUCGUGAAGAGGGCGGGGAAGAAAGGUGAUAUGUUCUCGUUGGAUCUGUUGUGUGUUAGUGCGGAGAAGAAUUUGAAUGGGAGGGCGAUCGGGAUCGAUGAGUUGCGGUGGUCGAUUAUGGGCGCUUGUGGAAUCGAGGUGGAUGGAUAAGCGGACAAGCGUUCAUCUACAUGGAAGAGCGGGAUCAAGACGAUCAUUAUGUGAUCGAGGAACGCGCAACGGAGACAGGAGAAGCGACACGGCACGAAGGAGCUCA